AUGUUUGAAAAGUAUUUUGAUAAAGUAGAAAACUCUCUCGAUGAACCCUUCUCAAAAGAGGAAGCCCUCUCCGAAUUAUCCAAAAUACAAAAACAUUUCUACACUUUGACCUCUGUCUUUGAUAAAUUCGAUUUGAAUGCCAUGUUUGGAUCUCUUCAAGAAUGUACACCAGAAGCAGCCUCCAAACGAGAAAAGGACAUUGAGGAAAAGAAACAACUCCUAAAGACAAUUGCCAACAACACAGCAACCGUUCAAGGAUUAAUUUCAAAAUUUGAUUUGGUGAUGAAGGAGUGA